CGCGGUAGAGUGAAUUUGGAGGCGCGGUCAGGGCGGUGUUGCUCGGUCUCCCGGAAGGAGGGUGUCGCGCUGCAGCUUUGGCGCUGAAAUCCUGAGAAUGGUGCUGAUCAAGGAAUUCCGCAUAGUUCUGCCAUGCUCCGUGGAAGAGUAUCAAGUUGGACAGCUGUACUCCGUGGCAGAAGCCAGCAAGAAUGAAACUGGUGGUGGUGAAGGAAUUGAGGUUUUAAAGAAUGAGCCAUAUGAAAAAGAUGGUGAAAAGGGUCAAUAUACACACAAAAUCUAUCAUUUGAAGAGCAAAGUUCCUGGCUUUGUGAAGAUGUUCGCUCCAGAGGGGUCAUUAGUCUUUCAUGAAAAAGCUUGGAAUGCAUUUCCUUACUGCAGAACAAUUGUAACGAAUGAAUACAUGAAAGAUGACUUUUUCAUUAAAAUUGAGACAUGGCAUAAACCAGAUAUGGGAACUCAAGAAAAUGUCCAUUGUCUAGAUCCCAACAUAUGGAAGUCGGUUGAUGUGGUCGACAUUGACAUUGCAGACAGGAGCCAAGUAGAACCUGCAGACUACAAAGCUACUGAAGACCCUGCAAUAUUUCAAUCUGUUAAAACAAAAAGGGGCCCUUUGGGUCCCAACUGGAAGAAGGAGUUAGUGAACGCUGAGGAUUGCCCACGCAUGUGUGCAUACAAGCUGGUAACAAUAAAAUUUAAAUGGUGGGGACUUCAAAACAAAAUUGAAAGUUUUAUUCAGAAGCAAGAAAAGCGAAUAUUUACCAACUUUCACAGACAGGUGUUCUGUUGGAUUGAUGAUUGGAUUGACCUGACCAUGGAAGAUAUUAGAAGAAUGGAGGAUAAAACACAGAGAGAAUUGGAAGCAAUGCGUAAGAGUGGUGCUACUCGAGGCACAACAGCAGCUGAUCAAUAAGAAAGUCCUCUCUAGUUUGAGGGGUAAAAUUGAGAUGUCUGCGCAACCAAGGUCAAGUAAGAGGAACAAGCGCUGCUACUGAUAAAUGAAGAUGGACCUGACCAAAUCGCAUGCAGAAUUGAUUUUGCCAUUUAUACCUGUUUAUAUACCUAUACACUAAUGUAUAGCUGUAUAAACCCUUCUGAGCAUCAGCUGCUUUAGUGUACUGUACCUGACAUGAGUAAAAAGAUAAGAGAAUGUUUACUGUAUAUAAAUAUCAAUAGUUUACCUAAUGUUAUACUUAGUACAGACCCUCCAGCCAAUAUUCUACCAAUAUUCUACCAAAUUGACAAAGAUGUUCCUUAUGUAUAUACAUAUAUAUUUUUAAUGAAUGAACAUACAAAUGAAUGCAGAAAUGACUUUGCCUUCAGAGACUAUAGUCUAUCCUGUCUAAGUCUAUCCUGUCUAAGUCUAUUCUAAGUCUAUCCUGCAGAAAUCUAUUUUUCUCAGAUUUGAAUCCUGUGUAAAACACUAACACCCGUCUUAUAUUUCCCACAUUGGCAGACCUUUGUCUAUUAUUUGACAUAGAAAAUGAUCCCCACUCCUGAAGCGGCUUUUAAAUAUCUCUUAAGGAAAAAUUCUAUCCGCCAGAUACUGCUUUUCCACUUGGUGUUGCCAUUUGGUAACUAUGCAAACUGUUUUGGUUUCACUAUGUAUGCAUUAACGUCCAGCUAAUUUAUACACUUCUCAUGUGGAUACAAGUAAGAUUCAACUUGACACAUAUUUAAGUUGCUUAGUAAUUCCGUUAUUUAAGUAUGCAGGCAAACUAUCAGACAGGCUAAAUGUACAUCAUGAUAGAUAUCGGUUUCCUUUUUUUUUUUAUGAAAGGUAGGCAUAUUAAAUUCCAAUUUUGGACAUGUUGGUUACUAGAUUUAAACUAAUAGAAGAAUAUUUAUUUUUUAGGUAGGUCGUUUAACUAAAAUCCAACAAUUAAAUACAAUCUAUGUACAUUUUGCCUUUUAAUAUUUUAGGACCUUUUUGAAAAUCGCUAUAUUUAAUAAAGCUCCAUCAUUGUACUUUGGCAAUUUGUUGUUCAAGAAAACUACCCAGGUCUUAAAGGGACUGCAUUUCUUUUGGAGAAAUAAAACAAGGGGUGCCAGUUUCUUUGCACUGUAUAAAAUUUAUGUGUCCCAAAAAAAAAACACCACUAUAGGAUGUGCUGUCACUCCAGUCUGCUGAGACGUUUUGUGGCAUCUGUAAAGAGUAAUCUUUCAAAUGGACCGAGCACUGAAGAUGGGCGUUCUUUUUAAAAUCACGUGGGACUAUCACUUUUAAGCUUACAUCUGGCUUACCACUUCUCAUGCCUAUUGAACAAUGCAGCCCUUGUCUAUAUUUUUCCUUUGUAUUUUAGUGAUGCUGUACUGUCUCUUCAAAGCAGGUGUGGGCAAACUGUGCCUCUCCAGAUGAUCAUGAACUACAGUUCCAGGUAUUCUACUCUAGGCAUUGUAGUUUAACAACAUCUGGAAGGGCAGAGAUUGCUCCUCACUGCUUUUAAAUAGUAAGUGUAUCCAACUGGGCUUAACUCCUCAGCCAGUCCAAUGGACUUGUUUUGGCUGGGUGUGCUAAGUCUGUGAUCUGAAUGGAUAGUUUGCACAAUUUCUACUACCAGGCAAGGGAACGUGCAAUUUUCUUUCUGUAUAGAUAUUAAAGUUCAGGGACACAUAUACUGAAUGUAAACUGUUUAGAACUGCAAACAGUAUGUAAGCGUGUCUGUUAAAUUAAAUGAACCAAUAAAUGUCAUCAGCCCA